AUGGCUAUUUCAAAAGCCCUUAUUGCUUCUCUUCUCGUUUCUCUUCUUGUUCUCCAACUCGUCGAGGCCAAUAUUGAAAACUCAAACCGAAAAGUUCGUUAUGCUAAUACGAUCGAUUGUAAGGGUGCAUGUAAAGCACGUUGCAGGCUCUCGAGUAGACCUAAUCUUUGUCACCGAGCGUGCGGGACUUGCUGCGUGAGAUGCAACUGUGUACCACCUGGUACGUACGGUAACUACGACAAGUGCCAGUGCUACGCUACUCUCACCACCCACGGUGGUCGCCGCAAGUGCCCUUAA